AUGGGAUCCGAGAAGAUGAUCGAGAUUGUGAUCGACAUGGAGGAGGGUGAGCCGCUCGGAGCGACGCCCAACGACAAGCUCGUCAUCACCAAGAUCCAGAGCGGAACAAUCGCCGAGGGAAAACUGCGUGUGGGAGAUCAGGUGAAGAAGGUGAACAACCAGGACUGCAAGGACGCCAACGACUUCUUUCGCGCUCUCCGUUUCGCCGCUCCAAAAGCGUGCAUUCUGGUGAAUCGCGACGAGAAAAAAGCCGAAGAGCUCGAGGCUCGUGUGCACAUUCCGGAGGACCGCGCCAAGAUUAUCCAGCGCCGCGAGGGAUACGUCUACGAGAUGGCCACUCUGGUGUGGGUGCAGAACGGACCCAAACUGGGACUCGGAAUUAAGCACUUCCAAGUAACAUUAUGCGCAUGUUCAACGGAAUUCAUGUUAUUUUCUUCAGAAUCGUGUGCUCGUUUCUCGUGUUGAUCCCGGAUCGCUGGCCGAGAAAUGUCUGGUGCUCGGAGAUCACUUGUGCGACGUGGACGGAAUUCCGGUGACCGACAAGGACGUGGCUCGUGAUUUGCUCGUCAAGAACAUUCAGGAGAAGGGAAAAGUGACGUUCGUCGUCGAGCGUCCCGAUUCGAUCGAGGCGAAGCAGUGGGCGAAGAAUGCGUUGGCCGCCAACGUAUGAUCUUCAAAACAUUGAGAAAAUGCCGUCUGUUGAUUCAGAUCCUGCAACCACCGUCGGUGCAGAUGAACGACGACGUGCGCACCAUCGCGGCGGCCUACCGUCAAGCUCUGAAGGGUCUGAAGCCGCCGGCGAAGAGCGCCAUGUCGACUGCCGGUGCGUCGGGCGGAAAACGUGUGAUGAUUGUGGAGAAGACGGCGACGCACGAGAUCGGACACGAUCACGAGGGAAAAGCGCUUCGCAAAGUCAAGUAA